AUGGUCUGGCCGUUCGAUUGGUUCUACGACAUUCUCUCCACCUUGGGGUUGUGGAAGAAAGACGCGAAGAUCUUGUUUUUGGUACGUUUGAACGCGCGGCGCUUCUCUCUCGUCGACGGCCUAGACAAUGCCGGGAAAACGACACUCAUGCACAUGCUGAAAGACGAACGAUUAGCGCAGCACCAACCGACGCAAUACCCAACGUCCGAGGAGUUAUCGAUUGGACAAAUCAGAUUUAAGGCGUUCGAUCUCGGCGGGCACGAAGUCGCGAGGAGAGUGUGGAAGGAUUAUUACGCGAAAGUGGACGCGAUCGUAUUUUUAGUCGAUGCGGUGGAUAAGGAGAGAUUUAUCGAGUCGAAGAAAGAGCUCGAUCACUUGUUAGGCGACGACUCGUUGGCGAGAGUACCGUUUUUGAUAUUAGGAAAUAAAAUCGACGUGCCGCACGCGGCGAGCGAAGAGGAGUUGAGACAUUGCUUGGGUUUGUCGAAUUACACGACUGGGAAAGGGAAAGUGAACUUAGAGGCGUCGAAUAUGCGACCGAUUGAGGUGUUUAUGUGUUCGGUGGUGAGAAGGAUGGGUUACGGGGAAGGCUUUAGAUGGGUAUCGCAAUACAUUUAA